AUGGUAAUUGAAAAAACUUUAAUGAAGCAUAUGAAAAGCAUCGGAGGAAUCACACAUGGGCGAGGAUUUACAGAAAGUGUAUUGAAUAAAUGGAUUUUUGGUUUACCAGUAGCGUAUCAUGUUUGCGAGAAUAUUGAAAAGUUCUGCGGGAUUACCAGCAGUACUAGUUUUCAACAUAUUGAACUCAGGGAUUCGAGUAUUAAAAAAGACGAAAAGGAUGUCCAAACUUUCUUCGAAUGGCUUCAACAACAUUUUCCAUUUACUUGUUCCGAAGAUCUAAUGUCCAUAUCGAGUGGUAUUGUUGCUUCUGAAGACAUAAAUUGUCACGAAGCCGUACAAAUUGGCGAAAAAUUACUGAAAGAAGUCGUGAUAGAGGCCAAAAAGUUUGCGGAUUUGACAAUAAAACGCAAAAAUAAAGCAAAAGCAAAUUCCGCGUCAAAUUCCACUGUAAAGGUUGCCGAUGAAGUCGUAGAAAUUGAUACUUCUCAAUUACUUCAAAGAAUAAUUUGCACCGUGAAAGCAAAGGAAGACUUGAAAUCGUGUUUUAAUUACGAACUGUCAUCAUUUCCACUUUCUAUUUUCAGUGAGAAAGGCCUAAUGAGAAAGACAAAAAAUCAUCAUUGCACAACAUGUAUGGCUCUCUUGAGAAGCAUGAGAAACACCUAG